UCUAACAGACAUACCCACAAAUUCAAUUCUAUAAAUAUCAAGCUUGUUCUUACUAAUUUCCAAAACCCCAAAUCCUCAGCUAGCCUUAAUUCUUUUCCUUCGUUAACAUCAAAAUCUUUGUUAUAUCAUUCAAGCAUGGGUGUCACUACUUAUAACCAAGAAUUCACCACCACUGUAGCUCCUGCUAGGAUGUUCAAGGCUUUUAUCCUUGACUCCCACAACCUCAUGCCCAAGCUCAUGCCUCAGUCCAUCAAAAGCAUUGAGUUCAUUGAAGGAGAUGGAGGCGUUGGCAGCAUCAAAAAGACCACUUUCCAUGAGGGGAGUCACUUCAAAUACUUGAAGCACAAGAUUGAUGCGCUUGAUGCUGAGAAUUGCUCUUGUAAGUACAGUUUGAUUGAAGGAGAUGUGUUGGGGGACAAGCUUGAGUCAAUUUCUUACGAGGUUAAGUUUGAGUCCACUGAUGGAGGAAGCGUUUGCAAGAUGACUAGCCAUUAUCACACAAAGGGUGACUUUGAGCUAAAGGAAGAGGACAUCAAGGACGGCAAGGACAAGGCUAUGGGAAUGUAUAAGAUUGUGGAAGAAUACCUUUUGGCCAAUCCUAAUGUCUAUUGUGAAGCUAAAUGUGCCUGUUAAGAGUCACUGCCUAAUUAAGCAUAUCCUUGGUUGUAAGAGUAAGGUGUAAAGUAAGAUGUGUUUGCUUUAUUUUUGUUUUGGUCUUGAAUGGACAGCUUUUUGGAUUGUUAAUAAGAACCCUGCUACCUAGUGCUACUGUGGUGUGGUAAUCACUAUAGCAUGGUUGCUUGAGGAGUUUGAUACGAAUAAGCGAGGCAGAUUGUAAAUUUGAUUACUAUGUAUGUAUUAUUGGAAAGAGAAAUAAGGUAUUGUAGUAAAGUCAUCUAAGAUUGUUAAAUUUUGAAGUU